AGUAUAUUUAAUUUGAAUAAAAUGGCGAACGAAUUUAAACAUUAUGUGCAUGCAUUUAUAAUUUUCGAAUUCAUGAUUAAUGUCUGGAUUACUAUAAAAGCUGAAGAUGCUAAUCCAUGGUUAAUGCAUACAAACAAAUUAACAAUUGACCGACUAGAAAUGGAUACAUGGACGAACAGUACGUUGGUGAGAGGCUUGGUUGGUGCUGUAUCGGUAGAUUAUCAUUAUACCAAAGGCUUCAUGUAUUAUUCAGAUCAAGUAGCUGAUCGUAUAUCAAGGAUGAAUCUUCAUAACCCAAAUGAUACGAAAGACAUAAUAACAAACACCUUAGGAUUAGCUGAUGCUAUCGCUGUAGAUUGGAUAUACGAUCAUCUGUAUUGGAUUGAUGCCAGUCAUGAUCAUAUAAUGGUCUCUAACCUGGACGGCUCUCGACGAAAAACUAUAAUUAACACUGAACUUGUAUAUCCACGUGCUCUUGCUGUUUAUCCAAAUAUUGGAUGGAUGUUUUUUACUGAUGUGGAGGAUCCAAAGAUCGAAAGAUGUGGCCUUGAUGGAAGCAACCGACAAGCUAUAGUAACUACCAAUAUAGGUUCUCCUAAUGGAUUGUCUAUUGAUUUCGCUGAAAACCGACUUUAUUGGGUGGACAAUCACGUACAAUCUAAGCAAAUACAAUCUUCAGCGUUGGAUGGAACAGACAUCAGGAUACUUAUGACAUCCGCAGAUAAUUUGCCUUGGGCGUUUGGUUUGGUUGUGUAUAAAGAUUGGUUAUACAUCACCCAGUUCACCAACAACACUGUAUGUCGUGUAGAUAAACAGACUGGAUCGAAUUUCCAAAUUAUCAGAUCAGAUGCAGAUACCCCAGUUGGUAUAAAGAUUUACAGUGUAGACAACCAACCCCAAGGUACGAAUCUAUGUAUACCAAACAAUGGUGACUGUGAACAACUGUGUCUGCCAACUCCUCAAAAUACAAGGGUUUGCGCAUGUGCCGAUGGAUUCGAACUAAACAGUGAUGCAAAAACAUGUCUUUUUAAAGGUUCUGGUAAAUGGUUGACCUAUGCUAAUAUCAACACCAUUGAAAGGGUGGACCUUGAGACAAAUGUUACAGAAACUAUAGCAUCUAGAAUAACUAAUGCUGUAGAUCUCGAUAUCCAUUAUGAUCAGGGAUAUAUUUAUUGGUCUGAUGUUCGUGCAAAAAAGAUAUCCAGGAGUGUGGUUAGUAGAACGUCCAUUUCUGGUUCCAUUGAAGACAUUGUUGUAGAAACAGUUGACGUUCCUGAUGGGAUAGCUAUUGACUGGAUGUAUAAUCUAUUGUUCUGGACAGAUACUGGUCAUAACCAUAUACAAGUGUCGCGUCUGGAUGGAACCAACAAAAAAACGUUAAUAAAAAAUGAUAGUAGGCUUGAGCAACCAAGGGCCAUAGUAGUUGAUCCAAAUUCUGGUUUGUUAUUUUUCUCUGAUUGGGGGAGCCAGCCAAGAAUAGAAAGAUGCAGAAUGGACGGAGGAGAGAGAACAAUUAUUAUAAACUCGGAUAUAAUUUGGCCAAAUGGAAUGACUAUAGAUCAUAUUGGUAAAAGGUUAUACUGGAUUGAUGGUUCUUUAAACCAGAUAAAAAGUACAAGGUUUGAUGGAACAGAUACCUAUACCAUAAUAAAAAAUGCUGAUGUUUUACCCAAACCAUACGAUUUAGUGGUGUAUGGAAGUUAUGUGUAUUGGUCUAAUUGGCAGUAUAGAACUAUUUGUAGAGUAAAUAAAUACACCGGUCAGGAGUUUUCUGUUGUUGUAAAAUAUAUUCGUUCUCCUAUGGGAAUACAAGUAUUUGCAGAUGAUGUCCAACCUAUAGGGAACAAUGUAUGUGAAACAAAUAACGGCGGUUGUAGCCAUAUUUGCUUUCCAUUACCCGCUUACAACAGCGCUCAAAGUUCUUUAUCUGGAUGCAUGUGUCCAGAUUUUUAUAUUUUGUUAUCUGAUAAUAAGACUUGUAUUACUAUGGACACAGAAAUAUCAAAUCCAGAUUUGACUAAAGAUACAGGUGUCACUUCACGGGAGAUAAUCGUAUAUCCAAUAAUUGGUGUCGUUUUUGUUAUUCUAAUAACUUUAGUUCUGAUACUGAUAUUCUGGUAUCGAAGACGUAAUACUCUUCAACGAUCGGAACGAACUUAUGCAGAACCUGAUAAUCGAAUAUCAACAGUUUCGGCUAUAUAUGACACCAUUGACGAACAAACGGAGCUUUCUUCAAAGAUAAAUAAUUCAAGUUUAGAAUCUUUGAAUCCCUAUCUUGAAUUAUCUUCUUCUAGAACCGAUCAAACAAAUACUUACAGCGAUCUAAUGCGUAUAAAUGGAGAUAUGAAUAUGCCAAAAUGUGGCAAGGAAUGAAUAUUGGAACAAAUUAUCCACUGAUUUGAGUAGGUUACAAGCAAUUAAGAUAUACAACUCGCCGAUAAAUCAUGAGCAAGUGAGAAUAACUUAAACAAGGACUUCGUAUAAGCCAAAUACAUUUCGACGACUGAUAAAGCAAUAUUGACUUUAAACUGAACUGUGAAUUGUUUUACGAUUCAACACGAUUUUAUCCAUAUUGCAUUUCAAUUCUUCGAAUGUAAUCAUAAAUGGGAAAGUUCAUAUUUUCUUAUGUCAUCCUUUAUAGUAACUAUGUUCAUUAUGUAUAUAUACGUACUUUGCAUACUUCAUGAAAGUGAAUUCGUAUAAUUGAAUUUAACACACGUUCAUCCGUAUUUUGAAAGUCAUCGGGCACCGAAAUAUUCAAUAGCCUACAAUGUGAUAUCUAACUUCCAAAUCUUAUCUAAUAAGUAAAUAAGUAUAAAUAAAGAAAAAGUAACUAAUAAUCCAUAAAAAUAAAAGUAAGCUUCCUUGGCAGCCUUAGAAGGUAAAAAGAGUCAAAGUCGACACAGUAACGUAAAAACAUUGCAAUCACACCUAACAAUAUCACCACAGUUUGCAGCAUUUGUAAUUAUUACCUCAUUUAUUUCAAUUAACCAAAACAAAAAAUAAAAAUCACAAACACAAACACAAACACAAACACAAACACACUGUACUCCAAGGAAAAUUUAUAAUGGUAAGUCGCUAAUGAACUGGCAAAAUCAAAAGCUCAAACAUAUCAAACGAAUGGAAAACAACUGUCAUAUUUUUGACUUGGUACAUGCAUUUUCUUAAGUAAAAAUUGGUGGAGUAUACUUGGUUUGAUAGCUAGCUACAUGUAAAUCUCUCACUUGUAUGACAGUCGCAUACAAUUCCAAAAUAUUAUCAAUGAUGUGUGAACAAAUUAAACAAACACAAUAAUUAAAAAAGCUACAGAAAAACAGGGGUACAGCAGAAAAAACUGUUAAUUUUGACAACCAACAAAAAAUAUGUAAAUUAACUAAUUAUAGAUAUUAGGAUUUAAAAAAACAUUUAGCAUGGCACAAUAACACAAUGACAAGAUAUAUAAAUACAGCGCCAUGUCAUAUGUAAAAAAAAACCACUGUAGUACGAUGACAAACUACUAUGUUUCAGCAUUGUAAAAUUAAAAAGGGUAACAUCAAGGGAAAAAAUCAUCAAGGUAUCAGCAAAGUAUCAUAACACUAUAUUAGUCACAACAUAUACAUAAUCUGCUGUAAAAAUGAACAAAUCACAAAGAUCGUUAAAAUUAUUGCUCAAUUUAUCAGACCAAAUGAUGAUUUAUUACGUUCAGCUAAAUAUCAGGACAAACAAUGAUACCAACAUUUACAUGAGGAGCACACACUGUCUUAAAAUGCAAACAAGUGGUAAAUUCCUUGAAACUUACAUAUAAAUGUAACACA